AUGUCGUUUUUUGGUUUCGAAGAAACAGAUCUAGAAAAGGAGAAGCAACAAUUUCUCCAUGGACAACUUCGUUCUUCUGACACGGAUGACCUAACUGUUUACACAUGGGGUGAGGAGAGCUACGACGGUCUCGGCGAUGCGUUGGAGGAGGGAGGCGACGAACGGAAUAAUGAAACCUUUGGUAGUACGGGUACCGUAGGCAAGGAUUUCGACUUCUCCGCUGCUACAUUGUCAGGCUCUGAAAAUCUGCAGCCUAAGCCUUCUCAACCGUACAACGACCAACCUCUCAAGUCGUAUGCAAGUCGACCUUCCGAAUCUCAAGUGACUCGUCCACCUGCCGCUUCGCAUGUGUCACUGGAGUCUAUCUGGGACGACAACUCUCCUUUCUCGUUGCGUAUGAAUGGCGCUGGUCGCACAUCAUCACCAUCAUCUGGUCGCGUUCAAUCGCCUUCUACGUUACAACAGCCGAUAGGUCAUGGUAUGAAGCAACAACCUGGUACUCGAACCCUCCAAGAGAUCGAAGCUGAGAUGCGUGCUGCCGCUGAGAGGACUCGAGAACAUACUCUACAGCGGCAACUUCUCCAACAGCAGCAGCACAGGCGCGAAGAAGAGGAAUAUCGUCGUCAGCAGCAGCAGCAGCAGCAAGAGAUGGAGCUGGAGCUACUUCAGAGGCAGAGGUUCUUACAACAACAGCAGGAGCAGCAAUUGCAGCUGCAGCGCCUCCAGCAACAACAGAUCCUUCAGCAAAGAGAACAGCAACACCACAGGACCCCCCCUCCUCGUAUGCUUCCAGUAUCUCAGUCCCCCCGGUUCCUCGAGCAUCAGCGACUUCUUUUACUUCAACAACAACAAGAGCAGCAGGAACUUCUUCGCCUUCAACAGCUAGAGGAGCAGCUUCGUAUUGAAGACUUAGAACGUCAAAUGCGCGCUCAACAGAUUUCUCAUCACGGUGGUAGCCAUUUGGAUCACGAUCGGCAUCCUUCCGGACCAACACUAGCAGACAUGGAGGCUCUUCAACUCCUGCAACAGCAACAACAACGUGAAAUCUUGAGGGGUUCCCAGUCUCCGACCAAGCAUUCUGCGCAUGACAACGGACUUUACAUGCAACAGCCAAAUAUACAACUGCAACAGAGAUUGUUAUCCGAGCUGGCAAAUACAGAGUUCCUUCGUGAAAUGCAGGGCCUGUCGCAAGCUGAUCAGGAAGUUUUGAGGGCCGAAGCCAUGCGGAAGAUUCUCGAAACCGAAAAGAUGGAAGAAAAGAGACGAAGGAAAGCGGCUAAGAUCGCACACAUGUCUCGAUAUAAUGAUAUCAUGACGCAAUCCGACAAGGACUUCAUUACUCGAAUACAAGUCUCACAAUUAGUAACUCAAGAUCCUUAUGCCGACGACUUCUACGCCCAGGUCUAUGGCGCUAUCAUGCGAUCCAGGAUGGGCCUGGGCUCAGAUGAUGAACGUGUUUUGAAAUUCGGGACUAGUGGUGGUAUUGGACUGGGAGUCCCGCAACGAGGUGCAAACCGAAGACCCAACGCCAUGCAGCGCAUGCAGCAGCAAGUGGAGCGGAUAGUCAGUAAUGCUAGACGGCGGGAGGAGGAAAAGGGCCUUCAUUCCCUACACAGUCUUCAGGGCGCUCUUGGGAAGACUUCUGGUCGAAGUUACAAAGCUGCUCCCCGACAGCUCCUGCAAGUUGAUUCCAACUCUUCCCCGACCUUAUCCCACGCUCAGACCCAUGGGCAUAUUUCUCAUCAAAACGAUAAUUCCUCUGGUGAUGACGCUGCUGCCGAGGCUGCAAAACUGGGCAGAGAAGCUUUAGGUGAACAACAUAACGCCGAGACAUCUGACCUUGUGCGCAAGGAUCCGUUGUCGCGCAAAGAGGUUCUUGUGACCUUGGAGGCACUGUACGACCUUGUGCUUCAACUUGAACAACUCAAACGUAACCAAGCCCCCCCGGAAGAUGAGCAAGCGACGGCGGAAUGGCAGAACGAGUUCAAGUCUGUCCUUGAUCAAACAUGGGUGCUGCUCAAAGUUAUGGUACCUCUUGCUACUAGCGAUCCGCAUCCAUUUAUCUCCAUCUUGAGCAUAGCCAAGGGCAAGAAAUUAUUACCGCGGCUCACCCGACAUUUGGACAAUCAGCGCAUGCUCACUUUAUUGACUCUCCUUAUUGCGUGUUUCAGUCAACUUGACGUUAUCCGUAACGCACCAUUUCUGGAUAAUCCUGAGGAUACACCUGAUCAUUCUGAAGUGGAACGUCAAACGCAAGCUUUCCUAUCUGGCGUCAUUCAAAGUAUAUUACCUAUAAUUGCCAAGGGCAGUUUACGUUUGAUAUCCGGACUUCUUGGGCUGCUGUUGGAUCGUAACGACGUUGUGGCGAUUGCAAAAACGAGGCCCGGGCUCGCGCUGUUGACGUUGUUACUGACUAGGGUAGAGGUGAUAAAGGAGUCGUUGCACAACGCCACCAAUAUCGAAGAACUACCCUCCCCUGAAGAUGCUGAACAAUGGCAAUUGAUGUUCGAUCACUUAUUUCAGCUUCUCACACCCCAUUUCCCUUUCCUUUUCCCUUCAAGUCGGACAAUCGAUGCUGCAGCUGGUCACAUAAAACCUGGAAUGGACGCACCUGAUCAACCUGUUUGGCAAUUCCUCGCGGCGCUAGCGUUGCACGCUGUCACUGAGCAGCAUCAAAUUCUUGUAACAUUGCUUCGGGACAAAGUGCUCGAUAAUGUCGUUAGUGCGAAGAAAGGAUGGGUGGCUGAUGAAGAAGAACGUCACGCCAAACUUGCCAACGUGGACCUUUUCUUGCACGCUCUUGGCCUAGACAGUUCGCAGAUUGCAAUGUGA